AUGUCAUCACACCACGCAGACGAGGUUUAUUCCAAUAACAUUGAUGACCAAUUAUUAAGCGUGGCCAAACAAGAAGGAGUUGUUGUCGAUCCCCAGAAUCAUCAUACACAUAGCGACCUCGAGGCCACUAGAGUUAAGCUCGAGCAGAUAGCGCAUGCAGCCGCGUUAUCAGAAAGACAACAAAAACAGCCCCAACAUGGACAACAACACGGGCAGCAAGGACAGCAAGUGCAACACCAGCACUCUCAGGGCCAGCAGCAUAUGCACCAACACCACCAACAUGGUAAAGAUAUGUCGCAAAAGGCAUACGAGCUUCCGGAUGCCCACUUGCACCAGUACCACACAUCUGUGGGAGAUGAGAGCGAGUAUAACAUUCAGAUUCCGGAACCCAUUAUUGACUCAAAACUGAAGAUUUAUCCAGUCACAGAAAACACCAUCACGGCUGAAGGUAAUUUGAUCACCAGACCGUUCCCUGAACAGGUGCUUCACAACAGGGACGACUUGAACGAAUUCAUCCAGGAGUUUGCUCGUGAUAAUGGGUUUGGAGUGGUGAUUGCCCAUUCGAACAAGAAGGCCAUCUACUACACAUGCGAGUUGGGAGGCCGUUACCGUCAGAAGAAAUCAAAGAAGGGCAUGGAAGAUGCGAGACAUUUGGAGGUGGACAAUGGAUACAUCUUGGAUCCGAAUACAAAGACCAAGAAGUUAAGAUGCCCAUUUUCGAUGACUGCAACUUACAAGAAAUCGACUGGGAUGUGGACGUUAAAGACCACUUGUAAUGAGCACAACCACCCUCAAUUGGACCCGUUGUCGAAUCACCCAAUGUUGAGAAAGAGAUCGGACGAAUUAAAUUUGUUAAUCUUAGAUUUGUAUAAAGUCGGCACCAAACCUUCUCAUAUUGAGGCCAAGAUUAAGGACCAAUACCCAGACGUAUUGAUUAAACGCGAGGACAUUUAUAAUGAAAUCAGAGGCUACAAGAGAAAGUUGAAGAAACAAAGCAGGUUCUUGACGUCUAAUAGCGCUGCUCAAGAUCCAAGCCUCAGAAAUUCUUUUAAGAAGAGAACAAACGCUAAUUCUUUCCAACAAGUGGAUUUGAAUGAUGACGAUGAAUCUACCAAUGAUCAAGUAUUGGAAUAUGAAUUGCAACAGCACCAUCAACACCAACAAGAGGCUGAAUUACAACGCCAAUUGCACCAAGCUGCGAAUGCGGCUGCUCAUCACCAUCAACAUCACCCUCACCAUCAUCAUAUUGAUGAGCAACAAUUACAGCAAUAUCAACAGCAAUUACAAGAACAUGGAUUACACGGUGAUAAUGGUGAUAAUGGUGAUAGUACCGCGGCUGCUGCCAUUGCUGCAGUAGCUGAUGCUACUCACAAUCAUAACCACCAUCACCACAAUGACGGUGAAUUGUCCAUGGAUAACAUCGAUAGUAGGUUAGUAGGUGAAUAA